AUGCGCACCAUUCACAGUCUUUUGUUGGCGCUGGCCAGCUUGGCAGUCCUUGUGAUGGCCGAGGGAAACGUUCUUUUCCCGUACAUGUACGGGCUGAACUAUACCGAGUACGACGAGGCAAAGAAGCUCGGUCUAACGCGUACUCCGAAAGCGUAUGCCUGCAAGUCGGAAGACGAAUGGAACAAGAUGACCACGGCCGACUUUGCCAAGUACAAGUCUAUUAUUGUUCCGGACUGCCUUUGCAACACGAGCCUGGACACGAUCAAGUUCCUGGACAAUACCAAGAAGGUCUGGUCGCCUGCCGUCACGGGCAACAUGGUGCUCAUCGGGACGGACCCCUCUUACCACUCCAAGUGGUACAAGCUCGCCGGUGCGUCGGCUAUGAUCCGGGAUUCCAUCAGCCUUGCUUCCACGGGCAAGAAUGGCACCGGCAUGUACUUUUCGCUGUCAUGCUACUACCAGAGCAACGCAGCUCCGACCACUAUCAAGGCUCUGUCGGAGAUAGGCGUCUUUAAAGUCCGGGGCAACUUGACAUGUCUGAACAAGGUGCACAUCGUCGCCACGGACGAUUCGAUGACGUCCCUUACCGAUGAGAUGGCGAGCAACUGGAACUGCAGUGCUCACGAGGUGUUUGCAGAGUACCCUACCGAAGGGAAUGGCGCCUUUGAGCCCUUGGCGAUCGCGCUCAACACGACUGGCCUGGGGCAGCGGACCUUUGCAGACGGCACGCAUGGAACACCGUACAUCAUUGCUCGCGGCGCAACACCACUUGGCUGCGGCAACAAUGUCACCGAGGCAGAGUACAACGAGGAGUGUGAUUAUGGCAAGGCCGUCAACGGGAUGCCAGAUAGCCUCUGCUCGUCAUCUUGCAAAUGCCUGUUUGGGAUGAUAUCGCCUGGUUUGUGUCGCGAAAACACCACGUCUAGUUCAUCGACGUCGAUAUCGAGCAGCAGCACCACCUUCCACAACACCAGCUCCAUUGCCCUGAGCACCGGUUCACCCACCAACAGCAGCCUCCCCACCAGCAUGCUCUACACCAACGCCUCCUCCCCGCAAACCAAAACCAGAAAACCACCCGUGACCAUCACAGUCUGGCCUUCUAGACCCCCAUGGGUUUCUUCCUCAAGCCAAGCCCCAACUCCAAGCACUGCAUCAUCCAACACCACCAGGAGCGACCCCGAUACGCCAACCGUCAUCGUUACCGCCUCCUGGCCCCCAUCACCAAGCUCGGAUGUCACCACGGACGCGGAGCCGGGCACGGUCAUCAUCACCGCCUCUAACGAUCCCGGCUCAGGGUCGCCGUCAUUUACCACCUCGACACCACCCGCCCCAUCCAGCUCACCGAGCAACUCUGAUGACUCCAGUGGCUCCCCAGAGACAGUUGUCGUCACCGCCUCGAAUAAUGCCACUGAAUCUGAACCUGGGACGGUGACGGUUUUGCCUCCCUCGGAAACACCAACAGGGUCGAUGGGAGGCACAUCAUCUGUCUCUUACCCAACAGUAACAGUAACAGCCGGCGGUCCGGACAGUGGGGGGCAAGUCUCCUCCUCAGCUUCAGGCUCUGAUACCCCCCCGGUGACGGUCACGGCUACGGCCGAAGUGCCAGGAGUGCCUGCUGAUGGGCAGAUUCCGACGCUUUCGGACACGACGUCUUAUCCGCCUGGGACUGAUGAGCCGAGUUGGUCUUUGACGACGACGACGACGGGGAGCGAACCGCAGGUUACAUUGACUGUGAGGCCUUCUGGGGAGUCGGGGUCCGGUGGUGCAAGUGGGUCUGAGACUGGGACUAUGGGAGGUUCUUCAUCACUGGGAUUGGAUUCAUCCAUGACUGGUUCCGGAACAAUGUCUGGCUCGGGGAAGCCAACCGUGACUGUGUACCCGAGUGGUCAGACUUCUGGCGGGGGAGAUGGGAAUGGGCCGGGGGCUAGCUCUGCACCGGGGGUCAGCUCUACACCGGGGCUUAGCUCCGCACCGGGAAGUUCGUCUUCGGGUGGGGAUGUAUCUGGGACGGCGUCGGGAAAGUCACAGUCAACGGUUACUGUUUAUCCCUCUGGUCAGAGUUCUGGCGCUGGGGAUGGUGAUAGCCCUGGGGUUAGUCCAGCACCAACAACUGCUUUAAGCUCAUCUCGAUCAACGGUUACCGUCUAUCCUUCUGGUCAAUCUUCAGGUGGCGGAGGUGCUGGAAACGGACCAAGUGCCAGUUCGGCAUCUGAAAGUUCCUCGGGCCCGUCUCGAUCAACAGUAACGGUGUAUCCUUCUGGUUCGUCCUCGGGCGGAGGAGAUUCUGGCAAUGGACCGGGUAUCAGCGAGACAAGAUCUACCAAGACCAUGACGGUUGGUGAAAGCUCCGCGACAGCGCCCGGAGCUCCUGAUUCUUCGAGCUCGACGAACAGAGGGUUGGGGAGUACGAGCUACAUAAGCGGCAGCCUGACAAACACCGCCACGGGAGGGGGUGGUAUGGGGACCGCAAGCGGGACGUCUGCGGUGUCUUCAGAGACGGGUGCUUCCGAUCCUUUGAGUGGGAGCUCGACUGGCGGCACUGGGUCGGCAACCGGGUCGGCAACUGGGUCUCCCGGAACUUCUGGCUCUGGUGGUCCUGCCUCAUCUGACUCGGCUACAGGCGGUGCCUCUGGCUCUGGCACCCCGGGCUCACCAAGCUCUUCCGGUUCACCAAACUCCUCCACUCCAUCAAACCCCCCCAGUCUAACAGGUUCAAUCACGACAUCAACACUAUCCGCCACACCCAGCACCCAGUCCAGCAGCGUUUCCACCUCUGAAACAGCCUCAGCCCCAUCAUCAAACCAACCCUCUGGUUCCAGCUCAGAAACCUCAUAUUCUCCCGGAGACACCUCCGCCACCUCCUCCAACCAAGGAGGCGCUACCACCAGCACACAAACAACAUCCAACUCAGGCAGCCUAUCCGGGUCAAACAUACCUCUUCCCACAUCAGACUGCGACUCCCUCUCCCCCUCCCCCUCCCCCUCCCCAACAUCACAAUGCGACACCUGGAUCGGCAUAGAAAUAAUCCACAUCAUCGAAAUAGUCGAAAUCUGCCCUUCCGGCUCAACAGUGACAGAAACAAAAACAGAACACCUCUCCACCCUCACCCGCCCCAUCUGCGCCACGCCAACCCCCUCCCAACCAUGCUACCCCUGCAUCUUCGGCACACCCUCCGCUUCAGAUGACAACUUCACCGUGACGGUGACGUCCUGCCCGGCGAACCCAAAGACUACCGUCACGGUCACGGCGCAGAUGUGUAGCACUUGUACUGUGACUACGUGGGUGGGGACCGUGCCGGGGCAUACUCCUGGGGGGGAGUGUCACGGCUGCUUGCCUCAUGCUAGUUCGACGGUGACGGAGACGGCUGCUGUCGAGACUGCUACCGAGGUGGUGACGCUGGGGAGUGUGGUGUCUGACCCAGCUGCUACCGGUUCUUCUGCUAUCGGUGGUGGUGGAGAGGGUUACGGUCCGCCACCCCCGGCAUCAGUCCCUCGCCCGGUGGCCACUGCCAGCUCUGUCCCUGCUGGUGGUUACGGUCCUCCCCCGCUGCCGGAUGUUCCUGUUGAUGGGGCGACAGCGAGCGAUUAUGCCCCGUACAAACCCUCGUCGACCAGCUCUGUGGUUACUGCUGCUGGGGUUGGAAGGAGCGGCCACAAUGCUGUUACGGGUGUGCUUGUUGGGCUGUUGGGGGCGGUCAUGGUCAUGUAA